AUGUCGCUUGCUUUGAACGAGUUAAGAUCUGUGCUGAAGGCGUUAGCAAGGUUCCAUGCUGAUGGUCUAGCUUUCAUCAAAAGAAAUAAUAUUGAGAAAUAUACUUUUAUCAAGGAGGACACAGGACGGAUAAAGUAUGCUCAGAAGCUAAUAGAUCAGUUUUUUGAACCCUUCCUCAUUUAUCUAGAACAAUUUGAUUCAGUGAGGCCAGCCGUUGUAACACUCAGGGAACUGCAGAGUAAAGGAACGAUAUUAGAAGUUGCUUUCCCUCAUCUUUAUGGAAAAUCUAACCCAGCCUUCCUUUCUAUCUGCCACAGAAAUUUAGGUAACGGGAAUAUUUUGCUGAAAUGCCUGGAUACUUGUGGUUCAGCUCAUCAGGUGGCAUUGGUAGACUGGUCACAUGUUUCUUUAUCACCCUUCACUAUGGACGUUGUGCAUCUGAUCUUCAGUUGUUAA